UUUUCUGAGCUAGAAUUUAGUUGUUAAUUCCCCAAUGGUUGUGGGUUGUGCAGGACACCCACUGUCAAUCUUGGAUGGGAUUUUCAUGGCUAUCAAGGAUGAUAUAGACUGCUAUCCUCAUCCAUCAAAGGGUGCAACGACGUGGUUUCAUGAGGUGCGCCCUAUUAAAAAAGAUGCAGUUUCUGUAUCAAGGUUACGUAGCUGUGGUGUUAUUUUUGUUGGAAAGGCAAAUAUGCAUGAAAUGGGUCUAGGAACAACAGGAAAUAAUGCAAACUAUGGGUAAGAUUCCAUGUAGUAGCUAUGUAAACAAAGAGAUAAAUAUGAUUUCAGUGUUCGACAUGCAUGCAUGACAAGGUGACUGCAGAGAUUGUUGAAUGGAGAAAUAAGACUGUUAUAUUCAGCGUAUUACCUGCUGGUAGCGCGUUAGCUUUACAAAGGCUACUUAAUUUAUAACGUAUCUUGCAUCUUAGAAUUAUAUUUGAUUUAUUUAUCUGCUUAAAAUUGCUUUAUACCCCGAUGUUUAAGUCUUUGCAAUGUUCUUAGAAUUAUUUAAAUGGACCCCACAUAACAAUGGUGCUUCAUAUACUGAACAUGUUAGAUUUUUAGUUUGGAGAAAUAUCUCAGCAUAUUGCCUUUUGUUUGCACGUUAUUCUUGGAAAACUUAUAUUAUCAAAUGUCUUGCGUCCAAUUAUUAUUUAUAUGAUUUACUGGUUAUCCACUUUUGCAUAUAUGCUAACCUCAUG